AUGACUGCCCAUCCCACCAACAGCUACAUCGAUGUUGACCCUCUCAAACAAGCCGGUCAAUCUCCCUCCUACAGCAUUCAACCAGACAACACAGAAUACUACCAUACUCAACCACAAGACCGAGAUGCUGUUCCUCACAAUAAGCCAACUGUAGGCCAACGCUUCCACAAAAUCAGCUCCAAGGCUGGUUCGCCGCUCAACAAAGCUGCAAACUUGAUUGGAGCUGAAGGGUGGUGGCCUACUACUAUGGACAAGGAGUGCGCCAAGGCUGCUCGUAUUCUUCACUCUUUUACCAACCUCAGCUCUUCUACAUCUCGCAACAGCAAAGGGCCUCUCCACCCCACAGGUCUCACUCGCAAGUCGAUGAUCAAGAUCCCUCCCAACGUUCUUCAAAGCGCCGCCGGUCUCGCCAUAUUCAAUGUCAUUCGUGCCGGCGCCUGCCAUGGCUCUCUCUCCGGUGGCUCCGGCGUAGUCAUCUCUCGUCGCGCAGACGGCACCUGGUCUCCUCCCUCUUCAUUCAUUGUAAGCACACUCGGUGCGGGCUUUGUCUUUGGUCUUGAUGUUUACGACUGCGUCUGCGUUCUCAACACCCCUGAGCAAGUUGCCGCCUUUACCAAGCCUCGUGUAUCACUCGGCGCAGCAGGUUCCAUUGCUGUUGGUCCUGUUGGAACAGGCGGCAGCAUCGAGGCGGCCCUCAGCAAGACUGCUGCUCGACCAGUGUGGAGUUAUAUGAAGAGUCGUGGUUUGUGGGCGGGUAUUCAGAUUGAUGGUACUAUUGUUGUUGCACGAGGCGAUGCCAAUGCCGCAUUUUACAACGAGCGCGGUAUCACAGCAGAGAAGGUCUUGCUUGGUGAUGUUGCUUGGCCCAUGGGUGCUAAGCCUCUUUUUGAAGUGCUCCAAGCACUCGAGGGACGGGUUACAUAUGAUCGCACUGUCGUACAGGCCGUGGGCGAAUCUCCCACCCCUGGUGACUCUAUCUCUGGUGAUUCUAUCCUGUCUGAGAAACAAGAAAGAUAUACCGAUGAGCCUGAAGAGUCCAAGACUCGUAGCUUUGAAAAGCUAGAAAGAUACACCGAUGAACCUCAAGAGUCUGAGAUUGGUGGAUCUGAAAAGUCAGAAAGGGUCGAUGAACUUCCGAGCCAGAAGACUCAAGAGCCUCCAAUGCUCAUAGUUACAUCUCCCACCACUAUUCAUAGUACGGAAGACCUGCCCGGUUAUGAGGUUGUGGAGAAGAAUUAG